AUGUGGCUCUUUCGGAUACUGUCAUCGGCUCUCUUUCUGACCGUCACUGUUUCCUCCAUCCCACUAGCCUUCGACGUGGGAGGGAAGACAUGCGGUCUGGCCUUUUCGCUCUCGCUUGCGACAUUCUACUUCCUUUUCUCUGUCCUGAAGCUUGCAACACCUAAGCAAUCUUGGUUUCGAUCGUCUCUCAUUGUUCUGAUCAGCUCCUUACAAUGGGUCAUUAUUCCAAUCCUUCUUAUCUGGUCACUCAACCGGUUCUCCGUCGACACUGAUAAUAGUACCUCAUGGGUGGAACGGACCUUUAGCGGGAAACGUGCACAAGACUCGUCCAUUCAGGACUGGCUCUUUGGCCGUGAUGGGUUACUGGAGUCUGUAGCCCUCGGAAAUUGGGAUAAAAUUUUGAGAUGGUCUACUCCAGUGUUUCAGCUCGCAGAAGGGUUCUGCAGCUUGCUGGUUAUUCAGGCGGCCGGCCAGAUUACACGAUGGCUUGUGAAUCGCGGGGGACGGAGCGAUAGCUGGAUGAUCGGUCUUCUUGUCCUCUCGGCCUCCGUCAUAUCGAGCUCCGUAUAUUUUCUUUGGCGUGUUCUUCAGUUCCCUGAGAUCUCCAAUGUUGAUGCCGCCCUAAUCGGCGUGACCGUCACAUGUGCUGUUAUAUUGUGCGCUUGGGGGAUUGGAAGUGGUCGUGGAAACCCAGUUGAGAGCUCUCUUUUGUUCGCUUAUGUCGUGCUAUGCAUCUAUCAGAUCUUCACGGACUACCAACCAUCGCAUCCCGUGGAGCAGCCAGUUCAAUCGCCUUCACAAGCCGGAGACUUCCCUCCGCUGCCCCCAAUUAUCAUGGCCUCUUACACGACUCUAAUGCAUGCCUUGUCGCUCCUACCAUCCAUUAUCCACGCUGCCUUCAACAUGAUCACUGCGGUUUUCAGUGCAGUGACGCCCUCUGUUUUAAUCUCACUUACUUACCGGAUCCUUGUUUUGUAUGCAUCCACUAGGAUCAUACCCGCAGUUCGCGAAGCCGGAGCUCGCGCUCUCUCACAGGAAGCAUCACUGGAUGACUCAGAUGCUGCUGGUCAGUUUUUAGGGUUUCUGAGUUACUUCUCCCCAUCUAUCCUCAUUUCAGUUUACACUAGCCUUCUCAUGCAACAUUUUGCGACAACUUCACAAGCCAUGGGCGGUAGUGGACAAUGGUGGAGUACUCAGGGUGCUGGAGGUGGGAAUCUCUGGCGUUGGAUUAAUCUUGCUGGCACCCUGGCCCUGUAUGCUAUUGAGCUAUGGCUUGGGGCCGCUGAUGACCUGGACUCUGGACUCGCCGGCCAUUGGAAGACAGACUGA